UUUUACUCUAAAACCUGAUUGGUGGGUCUUUCUCAGACAAGUCUUCUUUCUACUCAUUUUCUCUCUCUGCCUGCUGCUUCUCUCUGGAUCUAAAACUAAACCAAUAACAAUGGCCGCAUGAACAAGUGUCUGUUUUUCCUUUUUCUCUCUCAUUAGGGUUUGUUCCCUUAUUCCCCCCCUAAAUUUGGCAAAAUGCCGCCAUUUAUUUUCUAACCUUGUCUCCUCCACCUUUACUUCUAUCCCUCUAUUUUUAGAAACCCUUCUUGUCCUUUUUAAACUUUGCAUUGUAUGCUGGUUUAUUCCUGGAUUGCUCGAGGGGUUUUGGAUACCUUGACUCUUGGUGACUUUCUGAUCCCAUAAUAUCCUUUUCUACCAUGGCUAGAGAGAAGAUUCAGAUCAGGAAAAUCGAUAACGCAACGGCCAGGCAGGUGACUUUCUCAAAGAGAAGAAGAGGACUUUUCAAGAAAGCUGAAGAACUUUCAGUUCUCUGCGAUGCUGAUGUUGCUCUCAUCCUCUUCUCCUCCACUGGCAAGCUUUUUGAGUAUUCCAGCUCCAGUAUGAAGGAAAUACUCGAAAGGCACAACUUACACUCGAAGAAUCUUGAAAAAAUGGAGCAGCCAUCGCUUGAGCUGCAGCUGGUGGAGAAUAGCAAUUGCUCUCGAUUAAGCAAGGAAGUUGCUGAGAAAAGCCAUCAACUGAGGCAAAUGAGAGGAGAGGAGCUCCAAGGAUUGACUGUUGAUGAUCUGCAGCAAUUAGAGAGGUCGCUUGAAGCUGGAUUGAACCGUGUGAUAGAGAAAAAGGGCGAAAAGAUAAUGAAGGAAAUUAAUCACCUUCAGCGAAAGGGAAUGCAACUAAUGGAAGAGAAUGAGCGUUUGAAGCAACAGGUGAUGGGGGUAUCCAAUGGAAGCGGGCAAAUGGCAGCAGAUGAUUCAGAGAACGUUCUGUACGAGGAAGGCCAAUCAUCUGAAUCGGUUACUAACGUCUGCAGCUCUACUGGCGGUCCACAAGACUAUGAAAGUUCUGAUACCUCUCUCAAAUUGGGGCUGCCAUACUCAGGUCGAUUGGAAAAGUAAAGUAGUAUGUAACACCAAAACGGGCAAAUGUGUUGUUGGUGGUCACAUUGCAUGAAAUAAGAUGUAAAAGCUAACCAGCAACUUGAGAUUCUUGAUUCAAAACCAAGCAUAUUUAAAGAGAGGGAGGGAGUUGAUGAGACUGCAGAUGAUGAAACCAUAAGUAUCAUUGACAGUAAAAAUGGGAUACGUUGCUAACCAGUAUUUCGAGACUUUCUCAUUCAUCCCUACUGCUACUAUUCAAUAACUUUAAUAGCUAUUGCAUUUAAUAAAUUGAGGCCUCUGCCAUGGCUAUUCUGUGCUA